AUGGCUGACCAGACAAUACCGACCCUUGAAAACAAACCAGCUGCAUCUUUGGAUGUCAAUCAAGUAGCACCUCGCCUGCCCGCAGUGGGCUCGCUAUCCCCUCCACCUGACGAAGGAGCCAUGAUCUGGAUCAAGUGGUCAGAUAUCUUUACUGAGACAGAUAACGAAGAGGAUACGAAGCGGGCAUGGAUGGUCUACCUUACAUAUCUCAGAGAAGGCAUCAACUGGACCCCUGCUGACCACGUUGAGAUGAGGAAGUAUCUGGUUGUCCGACGGCUCUACCAGCUUAGGAACGAGAGGCUCAUUAUGCCGAACACUCAUCAACUAUAUCGAGCAGCUAACCUCAGACAAGAGGACCUUACCCUUGCAGUUGGUCACUUGCUUACUACUCUUUACCCCUACUACCAUGUUCACGAGUUUUGGGAAUUAUACAGAAGAGUGUACCCAGCUGUGGCUGAAGGGGUCAGAAGGAGCCGAAGACCAAGCGAGAAGAAUCGAACAAGCGGAAGAGGAGAGAUCACUGCUCUUAACAACGAUAGCCUAUCGGCUUUAUCCCAGAGUAUAGGUGUUGGGUCAUAUCUCGUCGAAAUCCCUCCCCACCUACAGUGGAAUGAAGAGCAAUUAGGAAAUUCUGGACCCUCAACCAACACGACCUCGUCUAGUAUCCUACAACUUGGCUCAUCCGCUCUGACCCAUGACGCAGAGAUGACCAACACAAUCCAGUCUCUCGGUGCUAGUUACGGAGAUGCUACGCCAUCCGCUCCAGACGAAGAUACAGAGAUAACCAACACGACCUCGUCUAGUAUCCUACAACUUGGCUCAUCCGCUCUAACCCAUGACGCAGAGAUGACCAACACAAUCCAGUCUCUCGGUACUAGUUACGGAGAUGCUACGCCAUCCGCUCCAGAUGAAGAUACAGAGAUAGCCAAUACGACUCUGCCUCAAAGUCCUGGUCACGAAGAUACUGCACCACCUGCUCUAAGUGAAGAUGCAGAGAUGACCAACAUGAUCCCGUUUCUCGGCGCGAGUCAAGAAAAUGCUGCACUGUCUGAAAAUGCGGAAGUGGCUAAUACAGUCCCGUCUUACAAUUCUGGUCAUGAGAACAUCGCCCCGCAAAGCCCGGCUGACCAGCCUUUUCCCAACGCCACCUUCUACUCCCCUGGAAGAGUGUUCAACAACGCUAUAAACCAGUUAAGGGGGGAAGGAGUUGACGUUAACUAUAUCAACCGGUCACUACCUAUGCGAACUGCAGAGGCAACGAGGGAGGAAGGAGUUAAUGCACCAGCUAUCCUAAAUUCGGGAACAAUAAAAGAUGAAGAUCUUUCUCAUGAUGAUGCGGAGCUCUUAUCACUCCACGAAGGAGUUUUAAACAGCCCUUUCGUUAUAUCGAAUCUAUUUCGACGAUUGUUUAUAUUACAACGAAGAAUAACCCGACUCGAGGAAAAGGGGCAUAAUGACCAGACAAACGGAGAUAAAGAGAGGUCAGCUUUCUUUGCUGAAUUAACCGCGAAUUACAAUCAGCUCCGCACCGACCUGAACCAGCUAGUAGGACGAGUUGCUGGAGGAGAAUUCUAUCGAAUCAAGGGGUGGGAACAUUAUGAUAAAAUGGUGACCAGGCUUGAGCGUCAAGUGAAUAGAUUUCUGAACGGUCAGAUUCUUACACAACAAAAUGCUGAGGCCCAUUCGCUACAGGCCCCAGCGUCUCAGCCACCAGGGGUUGGUCCUGAUCUCCCGACCAACCUGUGGCUAGCCUAUGAAACUCAACGCAACCAACAGAUUUCACAACGUCUAUCGAAGAGGGUCCGAAAGUGUGAAAAGGACAUUGCCGAGGAGCAUAACACUGCUAUUGAUUUCAGAGUUGACCUCACUGCUAAUGAUAACAUGGCAAAAUCCCAGGGAGAGAUAAAUUCACGGGUUGUCAAGGCCUUGAUAUCCAUCCUAGAGCGACCUAGGGCAGACGCACCUUCCGAAGCUGAGAUGGAAAAUUUGAGUGCUCUGGUCGAUUGGCACCGUAGGCGAGACGGGUGA